UUAUUGAAUAUGGGGCACGUUAUCCUGCUGACUUUCUCCGUCAUGUCUAUGCUACUUUGCCAGGGCUUGUGUUCGGGAGUCUUUGAGCUGAAGUUACAAGAAUUUUUGAACAAGAAGGGAAUACAGGGAAACAAAAACUGCUGUAAAGGCGGACUGACGUCAUCUUUCCAACAGCAGUGCGAGUGUAAAACAUUUUUCAGAAUCUGUCUCAAGCACUACCAGCCCAACGCGUCGCCUGAGCCCCCGUGUACGUACGGCGGAGCUGUGACGCCAGUGCUUGGGUCCAACUCCUUCCAAGUCCCCGAAGCCAUUCCGGAGAGCGCCUUCACCAACCCAGUCAGGAUAAACUUCGGCUUCACGUGGCCGGGGACCUUCUCACUGAUCAUCGAGGCAUUGCACACGGACUCCAAAGACGACCUCUCCACAGAAAACCCAGAUCGCAUCAUCAGCACUAUGACAACACAGAGGCACCUAACUGUUGGCGACGAAUGGUCCCAGGACCUCCACAGCAGCGGAAGAACUGAACUCAAAUACUCAUAUAGAUUUGUAUGUGAUGAGCACUACUAUGGCGAGGGAUGCUCCGUCUUCUGCAGACCCAGGGACGAUGCUUUCGGACACUUCACCUGUGGAGAGAGAGGAGAAAUCGUCUGUGAUGCUGGCUGGAAAGGACAAUACUGCACAGAACCCAUCUGUCUUCCUGGGUGUGAUGACGAACACGGAUUUUGCGAGAAACCAGGCGAGUGCAAGUGCAGAGUAGGAUUCAAAGGGCGAUACUGCGAUGAGUGUAUCCGCUAUCCGGGCUGCCUCCACGGGACCUGCCAACAGCCCUGGCAGUGUAACUGCCAAGAAGGAUGGGGUGGUCUCUUCUGCAACCAAGAUCUAAACUACUGCACUCACCACAAACCCUGCAUGAAUGGAGCCACUUGUAGUAACACAGGCCAGGGCAGUUACACCUGUUCGUGUCGCCCGGGAUUCACUGGAGCCAGCUGCGAAAUCCAAGUCAACGAAUGCGCUGGAAACCCCUGUCGCAAUGGAGGGAGCUGUACGGAUAUGGAAAACACAUACAAGUGCACUUGCCCACAUGGUUUCUAUGGAAACAACUGUGAGCUCAGUGCCAUGACCUGUGCUGAUGGGCCAUGCACCAAUGGGGGGCGCUGCAGCGAUAACCCUGACGGAGGCUACUUCUGCCAAUGUCCCAGCGGCUACGCAGGCUUCACCUGCGAGAAGAAGAUCGACCACUGCACCUCCAGUCCCUGCUCCAACGGAGCUCGCUGUGUGGACCUGGUGAACUCAUACAUCUGUCAGUGUCCGGAAGGCUUCACGGGGAUGAACUGUGACCACACGGGCGACGAGUGUGGAACAUACCCCUGUCAGAAUGGAGGCACCUGUCAGGAGGGUCUUGAUGGCUACACCUGUACCUGCCCACCUGGCUACACAGGCCAGAACUGCAGCUCACCCAUCAGCCGCUGUGAACACAAUCCCUGUCACAACGGAGCCACCUGCCAUGAGAGGAACAACCGCUACGUGUGCGCCUGCGCCCCGGGUUAUGGUGGACGCAAUUGUCAGUUCCUUUUGCCUGAACAUGCGGCUGUGCGGGGGUCAGACGUGCCCUGGAUGGCUGUGGGCUCUGGGGUGGCUCUGGUCCUGUUACUUUUAGCAGGCUGUGCAGUACUGGUCGGGUUUUACCGCUCCAAAGCUCAGCGUGGAGGGCCAGUUGAGGUCACUGGUGAAAUCGAACCAAUCAACAACCUCAACCUGACCAACAACUGUCACCGCAGCGACCGUGACCUAGCGGUGAGCGUCAUGCCCAUGCCUGGCGUCAAAAACAUCAACAAAAAGAUGGACUUCAGCAGCGCAGACCCAGAGGAGGGCUCCUCCCCAGGACGCAGCAGCUACAAAAGCCGGCCCCUCACCGGAGACUACAACCUCCAGGAAGUGCACUAUGACCACAGCGCCAAAGACUCCAUGUUAGAGGCUGCCUGUGACGACAAGUGCCACUCACUCGACUCCUUUGAGUUUGAGGAGAAACCAAGCAAACGAUUAAAAUGUGAUGCUUCAGAAAAGAAAGCCCCAGAACUGUCUGCAUGUGCGGACACCAAGUACAAAUCUGUGUUUGUCAUGUCGGAGGAGAAGGACGAAUGUAUAAUUGCAACAGAGGUAUAG